AUGUCCAUCCGCUCCUUCCUCGCUUCCAUUAUCGGCAAGUCGAGUCAAGAGGCACCAGCGUCAAUCGCACACACAAGCGGCUCGAGUGAAGUUGGCUCAGAUGCCACCAACAACGAUGCCGAGACCAAAAGAGCGCCUUCCAUCGAGACCCGCUCGGUAGAGAGCGACCACUCCGUCUCGUCUACCAAUGAGUCGAUACGAUUAGACCCUGCGACCGGGCCCAGCAUCGACGAUUUGUUCGGGUUGUUGGUAACCCAAGACCUGUGCCCGGCUCCUCUCAAGGGAUACUCGACUGCGGAAGGGCAAUGGCAAGGGAUAUCUUCUCAUCUACGCAGAAUGUACAUGGGCUACCUGUCCAGCUCGGAGUAUACAGGGAAUGGGUCGAGCGAUGAAAAUUCGUAUCUUACAUUGCAAUCGCACCCGUGGGUUUUGUACUUCGGACAGCAGCUCGCAGCGAGUUUCAACCGUACAGGCACCAACAAGCGGUUGGUCACUUUGUUGUUUAGGAUGGACGGGGAGCACCGUUCUUGUGCGCCUUUGGAUCCCACUCAGGGACUCCAAAGUAAUCACCAAACGCUAGACAAGAAGCUGAUGGAAGCUAAUCGUGGCGAGUCAGAUAACAGGGAGAAGGCUAUCGGGGACCUGCUGCGAAAGAUACCGUUCCCUUCCCGCGCCACUCCCCCCACCGUCGACGUGAUCGCGCUCGAAGAUCAGACCGCUGCAUGGUGCACGGCCUCGAAUUCCAAGAUGACACUGUACUAUGGAGUCAUUCAGCAAUCGGAGGCGUCAGAUUACGAGUCUGCCUCAUCAGUAUCGACCGAUGGCUCUUGGGACGGACUGGAAGACGAUGCGAGAGAAUAUAUUGUGCACAAUUCCUAUCCCAAGGGCCAAGCUGCCAUCUAUCGUCCCUCUGAUUGCUCACCCGUCGACUUGGCCCCUACCUCCCGGCGGAACUCGUGUCAGGAUGGAUGGUAG